AUGAGUAGGACAUCAAAUGAUCCUUUCUUGAGUAAGUUAUGUGUUAAUGAUGAGGAUGCAAACAACAUUGUAGAUGAUGAAAAUGGGAGAGAAGUUGAAGUUAACAUACAAACUCAUUCCAUAUUUAAUGAGCUAUUACACUGGAAAAAAGAAAAACCAAUUCUAGGGAUGAGAUUUAAGGGUCCAUGGCAAGUAAAAUCAAUGUUGUGUAACUAUGCUCUAGCUAAUGGAUAUCAAUUGUGUUUUGAAAAAAAUGAUAGGACAAGACUUUUGGUGAGGUGUAGCAAGGGUCCUUGCACAUUUAGAUUAUGGGUUUCCUGGAUGAGUGAUGAAGAGAGUUUCCAAAUCAAGUCACUAAAAGCUGAGCAAACUGUGCUAGGAACUUCAAGUUUGGAUCAUUGGUUAAAGGUAAUGGCCAAGUUUGGUAUCCAAGUUAGUAUGGGGCAAUGUAGAAGAGCAAAGAAGUAUGCAUUGAAACUUGUUGAAGGUAACCUUGUUGAACAUUAUGGUGUUUGUAAGGGAGAAUUGCUUUGUGCUAUUGGGAGGGAUGAAAAUGACAAGAUAUAUCCUAUUGCUUGGGCAGUGGUUAAUGUGGAGAACAAGCAGAAUUGGAAGUGGUUUCUAGAGCUUCUCAUUGAUGAUCUACACUUGAAUUUAGGCAAUGGUUCCAGUUUAAUGUCAGACCAACAUAAGAAGAGAUUUACUGGUGCCAUAUAUCAUACCUUGUUUUGGAGAGCAUCUAAAGCCAUAACUGAGCAUGCUUUUAAAGUUGUGAUGAAAGAAAUUAAGACAUUGAACCCAGAUGCCCAUCAAUAUCUCAUGGAGAAAGAUCCUAAAAUAUGGUCAAUAGCUUUCUUUCAAACUGGAAGGUGUUGUGAUGCAGUUGAAAAUGGGUUCUUAGAAAGUUUUAAUGUUGUAAUAGUAGAUGCCAGGAAGAAGCCCAUAAUAACCAUGUUAGAGGAGAUAAGAUUAUACAUGAUGGACAGAAUCUACAACAUGAAAUUAAAGGGACAACAAUGGGGAAAUCAUAUUUGUCCAUAG